UAGUUUGGUAAUAAUAAUAAACAACUGUUGUAGUGUGGUUGUACAAAACAUAUAUUAUGCAACAUAAUUCUAUCGCCGAAAGCGCUUAUGCAGUUUGUCGUCACGCUAUUAUUCGGACGGUCAGCUGUUUGUGUGGCGCCGUUCAGAAAAAUCGAACUUACAACGAGCACGCACUACACUACAUAAUAUUUUUUGGUUGUUUUCAUUGUUGUUUCUAGCAUUAUGAACGUGGUUAAAAGAAACAGAGUUUUAGAGCUAUGCAUUUCGAUUCUAAUAUUUUCGAUGUGUCCCACUGUAGUUGUCGCAAUGUACCAAAAUUAUGCAGUUGUAAACGGACACAUGGGAAACAAAUUCGAUUCGAAUACCUUAAGACUGGUCCACGUGGUGUUUAGGCACGGAGAACGGACGCCUGCCGACACAUACCCUCUGGAUCCGUACAUAAAUUCAUCGUGGGAGCCAUUCGGGUGGGGUCAACUGACAAAUAAUGGUAAACGAAAACAAUACGAGCUCGGAAAAUUUAUCAGAAAGCGUUACUCUGGAUUCUUAGAUGUCCUAUAUUCUUCAAAAAAGGUCACAUUUAGAAGUACUGACGUAGACAGAACCAAAAUGAGCGCUCAGCUAGUCGCGUCUGCUAUGUACAAGCCAGUUGGUGUACAGAAAUGGAAUAAAUAUUUAGAUUGGCAACCCGUUCCGAUACAUUCUGAACCUCUGAAUGACGACCGAUUGUUGUUAGUGCGAAUAGACUGUCCCAAGUACCACGAAGAAAGACAUAAAAUAAUGAAUUCCGCCGAAGUUCUCGAAGAGCUCAAUACUUAUAGUGAUUUAUAUAGUUAUCUGUCCAAUUACACUGGACUGACCAUUAAAGAUCCUGACGAUGUACAAUCCAUUUAUAGUACGCUAAAAGCCGAGUCGGACUAUGGAGUUGCUCUUCCAAGUUGGACAUCCAAAGUAUAUCCAACAAAAUUGGCCAAAGUGACAUCUAGAAGUUUUAUACUAAACGCAUACAAUAAUGAAAUGAAAAAGCUCAAGGGAGGUCCAUUACUAAAACAAAUACUAGAAAAUAGUAUGAAUAAAAUAAACAAACUGUCUACACAUCAGUUAUAUGCUUACGCUGGUCACGAUUCAACUAUAUCCAAUCUUUUAAUUACCUUGGGUGUAUGGGAUGAUCAAAUUCCCACAUAUAAUAUGUUAGCAUUACUAGAGGUACACGAAUCAAAGAGAGGAGAUUUCUAUUUAAAGGUGUUUUUGCGUAACGAAUCAUCGACAGAACCUUAUCACUUACAAAUACCUAAUUGUAAGGACAAUUUAUGUACUAUGGAACGCAUUAUAAAUUUGACUGCGAACGUUAUACCAUCGAAUUUGAGUGAAGAAUGCAAGACUGAUAAUCCCAAAUUUUCGAGCUUAAAGUUUAUUGACCGAGGUCCAUAA